AAGAGAAGAAUUAAAACUAAUUUGCGAUGCUCCCUUUGGUUGCGUUCGGAAAUAUAAAGCGGUUCUUUCCGCGGACUAUUCUCAGGUGUUCGUGAAGGUUCGCUUGUUUCUUUCCUUUCGCACUCGCAGCCCUAAUUUCUCCAUCGUAUUCUCCCAUCUCAGCUGGAAGCAUAGAUCUCGAUGGAUGCACAGCAAGCCAAGGCCAAGCUUUUAGCUGUUGAGAAGGAACUUGGUCAUGCAGUUCGUGUUUUUACAAACACUGCGCGUUUUGCAAACCCAGGCGAAAUUUCUUCGUCAUCUACAGAGGAACCUGAUGAAUUUUAUGAAUUUACCCCUGAUGACUAUUACCGGAUCAUGUCAGAUAGAAUUGGAGCACAGUCACAAAUACUAAAGACCCGCAAAAUGAGAGAUGCAGAGAAAGCAACCCGCAGAGCAAAAGUAACCAAGGCUGUUAUCAGGGUUCGUUUCCCUGAUAAGUAUGUUCUUGAGGCAAAAUUUCAACCAUCGGAGACACUCCAAAGUUUGAUGGAUCUUUUGAAGAAAGUAGUUGCUCGUCCUGAUCUACCAUUCUAUAUAUAUACGACUCCUCCAAAGGAACGUGUUAAAGAUACAUCAAAGGAUUUCUACUCGGCUGGCUUUGCUCCAGGAGCUAUUGUCUAUUUCUCUUACGAUCUUCCAAAAGAUUUGGAGUCUGAUGAUUCAAAGGAAGGACCUUAUCUUCGUGAUGAUAUCCUAUCUUUGAAUGGUUUGGAUCUGCCUAUCGAUCGAGUUGAUCCUGCUCAUCCUGAAGAAGAGCUAAAGGGAGUGCAGAUUCCAUCUUCUGCUCCUGAUCCUAAGCCACCUGCUAAGAAACCAGCCAAGCCUAAAUGGCUUAAGCUGUAAAUGGUCCUCAGGUGAUUGCGCUUGAGCUUAAAUCUCCAGCAUCUAUGAGAUCAAAAAAGCAGGGAGACAAAGAUAAGAAGAAGAUGAUAAAAGAGAUCUCGGUAGUUAGGCAAAGAGAUUGUUCAUUGCUCACUGAAUUGUGGCAGGCCAUGCCCUGCAUGCCAUGUGCUCCUUUGAGCUCUAAGUUUGGACUCAGGACCAUGAAUUAUCUCUUCUUUUCUUCCUUGCAUGGUACAUCAUCUUCUCAUAUCUGUAUCUUCUUCUCGGUCUAAUUCGACAGCUACAACAGCUUUAUUCAUGCUGGCAAAGAAAUUGAACAUUGAACUAAACUGAGAUUGACCUUGUAGAAUCAAUCUCCGCAUACUCUGUAAGUUGAGGGAACUAUGCCUCUUGAUUAUCCAUGGUCGAUAAU